GAAACUUAUUUUUACGUUUAAAACUUCUCCUCUCUCUCCUCUCCUUUUUUGACCGAAACUUCCGCAUUGUUUUUGCGCUAAUAUUGAAUACUAUGUUAAUUGAAUGAGAAAAGUGAUCUAGUUUAACCAACAAAUAAUAUUACAUAGUGUGCAAUCAUGCAAUCAUUAUGGGAUGUGGUGUUUGCGAUCGUAAACUUUUAUCUGAUAAUUGUGUGCGUCUGCUGUCACCCAACACCAGGUCUCCUAUGCUAUGGACCGCUUCCUGGCGUUCAAUACAAAUACGGCUAUAAAAGCGAAACCAUUAUGAAUAACAACGACUACAGAGAGCCGACCGGUUUCGGUGUCCACUCCGUGAUCGCCGUCGAGAACGUAUGGCAGGACUCCAGCGGUUAUCUCCUGUCGGUGACCAUCGAGUCGUGUCAGUUCAAGUCCAGAACCGGCGCCAAGUUUGGUGACGGCAAUGCCAUCAACGACUGGAAUCACCCCCUCUUCGCUCACAUCGACAGCACCGGUGAUGUCAAGCGAGUGGUUGUCCAUCAGUCCGAGACGACCACCGCUUCCAAUCUCAAGAAGUCAUUGUUGGAACACUUGAGGGCCAAAGAACCCGAAAAGUCAUCAUAUGAAUGGACGAGAGAUGGGCUGACAAUCAAUAAGAAGUCAUUCACAACAAACACUGACUAUAAAUCAAUUUUGUCGCCCGAUAUGUCGGACGAGUGGCAAAUGUCCGCUCAGUUGGCCAGCGAUCACCCGAUGGUCGAGAGCGCCAACGGCUGGCAAAACAUCACUUUGCAGUCAAGAAUCUAUUCCUCCGCGCAUUCAAAACUUCAUAAUAGUUUUUCACUCAAAUUAUUGUCCGAAUCUAAGUCUUCUACCGAAAAGAUUACCGCAAACUCAGUGUCGGAUAUUAUUAAAAGUUUAGGCGAUAAUUACAUAAACAUUGAGACAAUUCUUCGACCAGAGAUGGAAACGUGUCAUAACUGUCAGACACUACAAAAUGCCAUCAAAGACAACGAAGCGUCCCUCAAAGGCGAGGCCAUUGCGUCCAUUCCGAUGACAAUUUCGUAUCUCAAACUCAUCGAUCGGGUCCGGAGUGGAGGUCCCGGAGCUUCAAAAGAAGAUAUGAUUAAAUUACUUAAGAGUUACAAAAAGAAGAAGGAUAUCGUCUCAUCUAUUCUCGACAUUUUGGCCGGGUCGCGAACCGAACAGUCAGUGGCCACGGCUUUAGAGUACUUGAAUUUACCGAAGAGUGAAGACUUGGACUUCGGGGAGAGAUUUUUAGUACAAUUGGCCACUUCUGUGAUGACAGCGUCGCAAAUGCAGUCCAUCUCUUCGGCCACCGUAUCGGCCGAUGAAGUGAUGGCAGAAAUACUCAAACAAACUCAGGUCAAGAACUGGAAGAACGAGAAACUGAAACAAACGGCUUUUUUAAUACUGGCCACACUUCUCAGAGCACACGUUUACGACCACAAGAAUAAUGGCCACAAAAAUACUGAAAUAAUCACAAAAGUUAUAAAACAAUUGACAACAGAAUUGGAUUCGUGUAAAGAGACCGACUGUCGAGUGGUAUUUCUUCACGCCAUCGGCAACACAGGACUCAUCAGAGAUGGUGUCUAUCAGGCGAUUAAAAAGCACUCACUUAUUGGUAAACGAGAAUCGAUAGCCGCGAUGAAGGCUCUGCGCGAAUGUCUGGAGUGGUCGGGAACUAAUGACAAACUGACGCCUCGGUUGAGGCAUUUGUUGUUGCGAGUGGUCUACGAUCCCGAACAGGAGACCACUUCCCGAAUGAUUGCCGCAGAACUCAUCUCAAUAUAUCUCAACGACGAGAAGACCACUAAAGAGCUCAUCAAACACUUACCCUCUUUUGAUGGGCUGACAAUCAAUAAGAAGUCAUUCACAACAAACACUGACUAUAAAUCAAUUUUGUCGCCCGAUAUGUCGGACGAGUGGCAAAUGUCCGCUCAGUUGGCCAGCGAUCACCCGAUGGUCGAGAGCGCCAACGGCUGGCAAAACAUCACUUUGCAGUCAAGAAUCUAUUCCUCCGCGCAUUCAAAACUUCAUAAUAGUUUUUCACUCAAAUUAUUGUCCGAAUCUAAGUCUUCUACCGAAAAGAUUACCGCAAACUCAGUGUCGGAUAUUAUUAAAAGUUUAGGCGAUAAUUACAUAAACAUUGAGACAAUUCUUCGACCAGAGAUGGAAACGUGUCAUAACUGUCAGACACUACAAAAUGCCAUCAAAGACAACGAAGCGUCCCUCAAAGGCGAGGCCAUUGCGUCCAUUCCGAUGACAAUUUCGUAUCUCAAACUCAUCGAUCGGGUCCGGAGUGGAGGUCCCGGAGCUUCAAAAGAAGAUAUGAUUAAAUUACUUAAGAGUUACAAAAAGAAGAAGGAUAUCGUCUCAUCCAUUCUCGACAUUUUGGCCGGGUCGCGAACCGAGCAGUCAGUGGCCACGGCUUUAGAGUACCUGAAUUUACCGAAGAGUGAAGACUUGGACUUCGGUGAGAGAUUUUUAGUACAAUUGGCCACUUCUGUGAUGACAGCGUCGCAAAUGCAGUCCAUCUCUUCGGCCACAGUAUCGGCCGAUGAAGUGAUGGCAGAAAUACUCAAACAAACUCAGGUCAAGAACUGGAAGAACGAGAAACUGAAACAAACGGCUUUUCUAAUACUGGCCACACUUCUCAGAGCACACGUUUACGACCACAAGAAUAAUGGACACAAAAAUACCGAAAUAAUUACAAAAGUUAUAAAACAAUUGACAACAGAAUUGGAUUCGUGUAAAGAGACCGACUGUCGAGUGGUAUUCCUUCACGCCAUCGGCAACACAGGACUCAUCAGAGAUGGUGUCUAUCAGGCGAUUAAAAAGCACUCACUUAUUGGUAAACGAGAAUCGAUAGCCGCGAUGAAGGCUCUGCGCGAGUGUCUGGAGUGGUCGGGAACUAAUGACAAACUGACGCCUCGGUUGAGGCAUUUGUUGUUGCGAGUGGUCUACGAUCCCGAACAGGAGACCACUUCCCGAAUGAUUGCCGCAGAACUCAUCUCAAUAUAUCUCAACGACGAGAAGACCACUAAAGAGCUCAUUAAACACUUACCCUCUUUUGGGAACAACGAGUUGGCGACCAUCAUCUGGAACCGGGCCUUCUCUUCGGCACCAUUGAUACCGAUGGCUCACCACAACUGGCACUUGCAUUCAACCACUUUCAACGGCUCUUCGGCGUCAUUCACACGAGUAAUGGGCGGAACGAAGAGUACGAACGCUUCCUAUAGAAUACUUAUGGAACUCUUGAAUAAAGGAAAGCUAUUGAAAGAGUCGGCCUUUGAUGUCGAGCUCUCGUCACCCAAUGGUUACUCUCAGCACUUGAUUACAGUCGGAAUGUUUGCCAGAGGUUUACAAUCGUUUGCGGGAGACGCAGAGGCGGAGACCGCUUCCAACGAUGUGGAAGAAGAGCAAACAAUGGCCGGAAUGUCUCUUAGGAUAAUGAACGUACAGUUAAGGCCCUUCACGUUCUUCACGGGCACCGGAGAGUUGAUGGGACACGUCUGGUCGGGAACGGCGUCCGAACCCACGACUGUAUUUCAGGGAAAUUUCUUAUUAGGCGACUACUGGUCGACACAUCCGUUGAUCAACGGUUUGAUUGUCGAACAAAGUCUUAGAGGAAUCUUAUCAUUAGAUCUAAGCGGAGAAAUACAGAUCUCUUUGUGGAACAGAAACUCUCAUUCUGUGGUUCACACCAAAGGAUCGCUUCUAUUCCAGGGCUCGCAGACUGUCCUCACGUCUGACCGAAAGACUUCCGCUUCGAAACAGUUCUCGUUUGGAGGAAACACUCGAUUGGAUUUCAUUACAGAUCUAGACUUUUAUUCGUCUCCUUUCAAGAUGUGUAUGCAAAUCGAUAGACCGGAGUUUACCUUCAGACACAAUACCCGAAAGUACGAGAGAGUGAACAGUGAGAACCUUCACAAACGUAUUCACCGCCGUAUGUAUAGCAUACCCGCCAAGUCUUAUGCCAUGCAUCGCGACAACAACCAAAUGUGCGCUCUUAUGAACAGUGAAUGA